AAGGGUUACUUACUAUAUAGAUUUCCUAGAACUAGGAAAUCGAGUUUAAGCUUAUUUAUUACUAGUUAUUUUAGUUUAGAUAUCUAUAUCCUUAAACUUUCUAUUAUUAAUAAAGCUAUUCUCGAAAGCCUAUUUACUAAGCUUCUAAGUUACUAUAUUAUUCUUUUAGAAGAUAUUAAUACUAUAAGCUCAAAUUAA